UUUCCGGGAUUUCGUAGAACUGGGUUCGCUAAAACCCAGUGGUCCACCGCUGGAAGAGUACCGCCCUCAAACACUGGGCAGCAAUGUUAAUAGCAACAAGACAUCCGGUUUUGUGAAUCGUUGCCUUUCGUGCUUUCGUUUCACGCUGUGAACUGUUGGGAAUAAGUUUACAGAGUUGGCAAUAAUCAGCCAUUAUGACAGCGGACCAAUGUAAGCUUUCUUACGACUAGUUACCAGUUUUCGGUGGUCAGUCAGACAGCGGGUCAUCGGCGAAAGAGCAGCUGGUUACUGCUCAACAUUAAUGUUGUUUGGGACAGGAUCUCACGUCGACCGACAGAGUUUUUGUGGGAACCUCAGACCAAGCGCUGAAGAUUGAGGUGACUGUCGACGUCUUCCGUAUUUGCCAAGAUGCCUAUUCCUCCUCCUCCCCCUCCACCUGGACCUCCACCACCCCCCAGCUUUAGCCAGGCAAACACCACACCUCCAAAACGAAGUCGAGAUGACGCUAAAGGAAGAGGAGCUCUGCUGUCAGACAUCUGCAAAGGCACUAAACUGAAGACGACCAGUGGGGUCAAUGACAGAAGUGCACCUAUCCUCGAAAAGACUGGAGGUCGAGGUGGCAGUGGUGGAGGUGGCAGUGGAGGAGGAUUUGGAGGUGGUUCUGGGCCAAUGGCCAUGGGAGGAUUGUUCAGUGGAGGAGUGCCUAAGCUACGACCAGUUGGAGACAGCUCUGUAGGACGGUCAGCGCUGCGGCCACCUGGCUCUCGCCCUGCGGUCCCUCGUGGCACGAGUCAUUUGGAACCGGACGGAUCCAGUCGUGGUAAUGGAGGCCGCUCCUCACCUCCAGAACAGUCACGAAAUCAACGUCCCUCCGUGCCAGACAUCUCCAAACCGUCUGCUGCCAGCAGCUCCUCAAAACCCACCAACUCCGCUCCGCCUCCACCCCCGCCAUUCAAUCGCGGUGGCAACCGCGGGACCUCCUCAGCCCAACAGGUUUCUGGGGCACACAGUCGUGAGAAACCCCUUCCACCACCGCCUGCAAGCAAGGGGCCUCCACCGCCGCCAUCUUCUGCUCGGGAUGGGCAUCCUAGACAUCCCCCUCUUUCAUCUCGCUCCUCUUCAUCCUCCUCCCCUUCCUCAAACGCACCUCCACCUCCUCCUCCUUAUCGUCAGCCGACUAAUGCUGCAAAUGGUGACCCGGCCCCCGAGUUGCCACAGAGGCGAAACUCGCUGAACAAGAGAAGCCAUGGCAAUGCUAACGUCCGUAGCCAGGCUCCUCCUCCACCCCCUGCCCAGCAGAACAGACGACCCCCGCCGCCAUCACGAGAUCCAGUGGUGCGCAGCACAGCUCCUCAGGUUCCUCCUCCUGCAAUUCGUAACGGGGUUCGAGAAACACCACCCCCUCCGCCUCCUUAUCGCAGCGGGCCACAAACGUCUUCUGAACCCCCUAGUCGAGGGAAGCCCCCUCCUCUGUCCUCUGCUGGACGUCAGCAUUCAGGACAUGCACCUCCUCCUCCUCCACCUCUGCGCAAUGGACAUGCGUCAUCUGCCCCCAGGUCCUUUCUUGAUGAUUUUGAGUCCAAGUACGACUUCCACCCUAUAGAGGACCUUCCCCCACCUGAAGAAUACAGACCCUUCCCGAAGAUCUACCCCAGCCAAAGCAACAAGGCUUUAGUGAGAGGUGCUCCUCCACUGCCUCCUGUUGGAGGGAAGUGAACACUGUUCAGGGAAGAGAAGGACCAAGAAGAGAUGACACAAACACAUAAAUAUGUACGCAUAUGCAGUAUAUAUUUACUUGUGUUUGCCACACAAACAUUAAUUGCACCUACAAAUACAUCGAAUAACGUGACAUCUUCCUUAGGGCAACACUAUAAAAACCUACAUGAUCGCUGAUCCAAACCACUCCAGAAUGCUGUACCUCUAUACCUGAAAAUACUGUGCAAUAUUCCUGUGCUGCCUAGAAAUGCACCUUUUAAUAUCGUGUCAGAUGACAGCGGCACAGCAAUGCGAGAGCAGACAACUCCAGUUCACAUGAAGCUAGAUGUGUACAUUCCAUCUGUUUCUUACAGCAACCAAAGUUUUUUAUUCAAUGAGAAAAUGUGCAGCACUUGUGGAUUAGCGAUGACUAUGCAUAUCAGACACAAAGUCUGUAUUUCUCUGGACAAUCAUGUAAUUGUAUGUAUUUUUAUGAUUUUUUUCUUUCCAAAUCAGUCAGGAAUGAGUUAAAUUCUGAAAGUCUUUGCUUACACUACAAAGGCCACGAAACAGCCUUGUUUCUUGUUCAUUUCACAGUUGUUUUCCUCGUCACACUACAGAGUCAAAAACUAUGAUAGCCAACAUAGAGCUGAUAAAAAAUAAAAAAAAAUAAAUCAGUUCCAUACUGAAUUUAAACUACGUUUUUACUGACCAAAUAUACACUAAGUGCCAUCGAAGACUUGGUCUUGUUGGACAGCUGUGUUUUUUUGAAACCAUAUACAGAUUCUCCUGCUGGGUAUCAAUGUUUCUGGGACGUUUACACAUUGCUUUUCAUCAUUCGUGUUUUAAACCUAAACUGAAUUUCAGGAAAUACAUUUUAGUAGAUUUUGUGCAAAACACUACAUGUUUUCUAAUGGGCGUGUUUUAAUUCUGUGACAUUGUAUUAUAUGUUAUAAAGUGACCAGGUAUGUUAAUAAUGUUCAGGCACUUCUGGUCAUUAAUAUAGAAGCUAUUAAUUGGGAUUUGGUGACCAAUCAGUCUGACUUGUAAAUGCCAUUUGAUCUGUUUCUGAAUGUGUUAAAAUAUGUCAACAUAAUUCUGAAAUAAAAGGUGGGAGUGGGAAUUAAUGUACUGCUUUAUGAUAAUGGUAUA